AUGGCCAGCGAAUUCGUGCCAAUCUUUCAACCCGCAGCGCUUCCUGGUCAGCGGCAGCAGCAGCCGCAGCAAGGACGGUCCGCGGAACAGCCUCACGAAGCGGGCUGGGAGCACGUCAGGUCGGGCGGAAGGGGCGGUCGGGGGAGGGGCAGGGGCGGGCUGAGCGCCAGCUUUGCAGACGCAGGCGGAGGGGCGAGAGGGGGGGAUAUGGGGCGGAGCGGGCGGGGGAGAGGCGGCAGAGGGUCUUACGGCGGAAGCCGAGGGGGAGAAGGAGGUGGUGGGAGAGGAGGCGCGGGGAGGUCCCGAAUGAGCGUGAGUGAAACGGUCGUGGAGGGAACGUCAGGCGAGGAAGGCCGAGGAGCUGCUGUCGCUUCUCGCACUGCUGCUGCUGCUGCUGUUGGCGGAGCUGGCGGAGGAGUCGGAGGAGGAGGCGGAGGAAGUAGCGGGAGAGGGAGCGGCAGUUCAGCGGUUGCAGCAGGGGCAGACGAAGCAGCAGCAGCAGCAGCAGCAGCAGCAGCAGCAGGGCCAGCGACAGCAGCAGGGAGUGGGGGGCGUGGGCGCAGGGGCGUGCAGACACAGGCGAAUCACCUGCUCAACUUCCAGCCGUACCAGCCCACCACCGCGCGAGGCGUCGGCGCAGCGCUGGGCGUCGCAGCACAUUCAUCCUUUUCACCCUCUCCAUCGUCCCUCGUCCUCCUCCUCUCGCCCCUCUCCCCUCUUCCUCCCCUUUCCCCCCCCCUCCCCUCCUCCCCUCUCCUCCCCUUCCUCUUCCCCCCCUCCGUCCGUCCCCCCCAUAAGGCUAACUGUCGUUUCCUGGUGUCGGACUGUGGCGUCUACAACAGCGAUCUGGCGGACGCGGAUCGCAUGCCCGACUGGGCUGACGUGGCGGCCGUCGAGAUCACCGAGACCACUGACUGGCACGCGGGCGCGGGCACGGAUGGGGGGAAUGCGCACGGGGACGCGGCUGGGGGGCAGCGCGCGGAGGUCAAGGAUGGGGAUGGGGGGGAGGAGGGGGGAGAAGGGGGAGGGGUGGAGCGGGGAGCAGGAGGGGAUAGCAUAGCGGGCGGCGCCAGUGGCACGUUGUCGUGUCCGAUUUGCCUGGACAGCCCUCCGCUCUGCCCUCAGAUCACGGCGUGUGGCCAUGUGUUCUGCCACCCCUGCAUCCUGCGCCACUUCGCCAUGCCUGACGCGCGCCACCCAGACGCGCCCCCCCUGCGCCCCGCCACCACUGCCAGCGCUGCUGCCGCCGUUGCAGUGGCGCGCGCAGUUGCUGCAGGGGGCAGCCCGCAGAGGGCCCUGUGCGCGCUCUCAGGCGCUGCUCCUCUCGCGAGCAAUGCAGCGGCGACAGCAGGGGGAGGGACGGGUUCGGGCGGAAGAGGCGCAGGGAGAGGAGGCGUGGGGCAAGCAGGGAGGGGGGGCGGGCGAGGUGGCAGUGGGAGAGGGGCAGCAGCGGCGGCAGCGGCGGCGCCGGUAGUGCUGCCGAGUGCAGGGCUGGCGUCGUCAGUGGUGCAGCGGUUCAAGCGGUGCCCGCUGUGCUUCGCCAGCAUUGGGUCCCACGAGCUGCGCACUGUCACCAUCCGCUCCGCACCCGCUCCCCGCGUUGGCCACAUGCUGCGAUUUGUUGCUCUCAUGCGCUCCAAGGUGCCUCCCCGCUCGCCUCCUCCCUUCCUCCUUUUCUCCCUCCCUCCCUCCCGCGCUUUCUCCCUCCCUACCUCCCUCCCUUUCUCCCUCCCUCCCUUUCUCCCUCCCUCCCGACCCUCUUCCCGCAAAUUGCCCACACCUACCUGCGUGGUGCCAUUCGAAAUGCACCGGCACCACCGGGAGCACUUCUCCCUGGCAGCGCUGCCCUUCUCAUCCAGCGGGCGCUGCCACGCCUUCUCCAAGCUCACGCUCACCUCCGACUCGGGCGCCGCUGCUGUCACGCACGCGGCGGUGCGAGCGCUGCUGCAGCGCGUGGAGGAGGUGAAUGAGAGCGGCGGGGAGGAGCUGGAGCAGCUGCCCUACGUCAUGGAUGCUGUUAACCAGCUGCUGGACCGGCAGCAGGCAUGGGUGGAGCACAGGCAGAUGGCGUUUGUAGCAGCCAGCCCAUCGCACCAGAAGGGCCUGCUGUCGCUGCUCAAGCUCCCCAUCGACCUCCCCCCACCGCCCCUCUCGCCCUCCGCCUCCCCCUCCGCCUCUCUUUCCGCCUCCUCCCCCACUUCCCACCGCAUCACCUCCCCUCAUGCACGCUCCUCCCCCUCGUUCCCCUCGCCCCCCACCACGAGCGCCACUGCUGUGAGCAAGCGCAUGGGUGCAUUGCAGUUGGAGCAGGAAGAGGGUGCAGGUGGCAAGAAAAGCGAGGCGAAAAAGGGCCGUGAGCAAGCCGGUGAGCUAGAGGUUGCUGGGGAAGAGGAAGGGGAUGGGGCGGGAGAUGCAGAGGAAGAGGAGGCGUGUAUUGAGGAGGCGGAGGAAGAGGGGAGUGUGGGCGCUGGGGGCGAGGAUGUGGCAGAGGAGGUGGACAGGGCGAUGCAUGAGCUGGAGGCGCGUGCUGGGUGGGUGUAUGAGAGCGCCUUUUCCGAUGACGAGGGCGAGGACGAGCAAACGGGGAAGGACGGCGCUGGAAAGAGGGACGCUGCUGGGGAUAGUGAGGGAGCUGUCUCGUCUGCUGAAACUGCUGCAGAUGCUGCUGGGGAUGGUGAGGUAGCAGCAGAGAAGAGCCAGGGUGGGGUGUCAGGUGGGGAACGACGCGAGAGCAGGAUGGGAGAAGGCAUGGGAGGAAGUGGUGGCGGUGGGGAGGUAGUCAUAACUGACAAGGCCGGGAGAGUGGAGAAGCGUGAAGGGGACAUCAGGGGGGGUGAAGGCAAGAGUGGGGCGGGGCGAGGUGGGAAGGGCAAGGCGGGGGAGCGUGUGGGUGAGGGCGAGGAGGUGUGUGGGUGGCACGUGUUCUACCAGGCACAGGAGGGCCCGUGUGUGGUGCUGCACCCACUCAACUUCAAAUGCUUGCUGCAACACUAUGGCUCUGUUGAACGUCUCCCGCUCAGGCAUGCCCCCGUUCCGCGGAUCCUCUUUCACCUUUACCUUCUCUCCUUCACUCUGCUCCUUCUCACCCCUUCACGAGUGGUGCAGCUGGAGCCGAUGAGGCAGUCAGAGGCAGUGCGGCGGCGGCUGCGAGUGGUGGACCACCUGCCACUCACCGCUGCCUUUGUGCUGGCCGAGGUGGACCUCGCCCCACUGCUGCCCACGCCCUCCCUCGCGCCCUUCCUGCCUGAGAUCAACCACCGCAGGCUGCAGCGCCAACGGCAGCUGCGACAGGAGGAGAGGGAGCGUGUGAAGGCACAGCACAGGGAGGCAGUGGCAGUGGCGGCAGCGGCAGAGGACGGCAGGUUCUUUGAGCGCCAGCGUGUACCAGCACCCAUGGACUUUGUCCCUCUCGCUCAGGCUGUCGCUGCAGGCUCCGCAAGUGCCACUGCUGCUGCGGAGGAUUCCGAGACUGGUGGCGGGGAUGUAGCAGCAGGCAGUGCAGAAGGUGAAGGGGCAUCUGUGAGUGCAAGCCAUGCCCCCCCCAUGGCCUUCUCAAAGGUCACAGAGCUGGGCUAUGCUGCUGGGCUGGGCUCCGUGGCACUCUCCGGCCCCUCCCUCUCUGCUGCAACCACUCCACCUCCUGCCUCUGGCCCUUCACCUGUUUCCACUGCUGCCACGCCUGCCCACUCGGUGUGGUCCAGCCGCCCGGAAUUCUCCAGAGCAGGCGCUGCUGGUGCUGCUGCUGGUAGUGGUGCAUGGGGCUCUGGGGGGGUAGCUGCUGCAGGGGGGGUCAGGGGUGCGGGGAGUGGGGGAGAGGGGGCUCAGGUGCCUGGUGAUGAUGGGAGCGGUUCUUCAGGUGUGGGGAAGGGGAAAGGAAAGAAGGGCAAGAAGAAGGGUACAACCAUUUUGCUUUCUAGUGGAGGCCUGCCGCGCUACUGA